UUAACCUCUGUUCUCACCGGAAAAUGUCACGUCAGCUUCCACCAACUAUUACGGCGGACGCCACGCCGGAUUGGCUUCCCGUCGGUUGGAUUGUUCACUCUACAGUUCUAAGACGCGGUCGCCAAACUAAGACUUACACGCAAUUGAGAACAGGGAAGAAGUUGUCUACCAAGGAUCAAGUUCUUGAGUACAUUAGAAUGGAGAAAAUUCGAGAGAAAAGAGAAACCGUAAUCGAGAGAAAGAAAGCAAAUUUAAAAGCUUUACAAGAUAUAGAGACUGCAAUGGAAAGGCCUCCGUGGCUUCGAGAUGAAAGGGAAGCAGAGUGGGGGAUUGGUUCUGUUAGUGGAAAUCCAUACAAGAUGAAUGUGAAUACACCAAAUGAGACAGUGCCAUUGGAUGAGAACUCUAUGGAAUGUGAAGAGUCAUCAGGUGAAGAAUACAACGAAACCGGGUGUAAUGAAAUUACGUAUGUAUUUGAUGAGAAUGAAGAAGAUCUCUCAGAGGGUGAUUAUGGCGAAAAUGUGGAGAACUUUUCCAACAUAUCCUCUACUCCUCUACGGACACAGCCAGAAAGAAUGCAGAAAUUGGAGUCUCGAGCAAAAACGCAAUGUGUGUUUGAAGAUGAGGAAAUGAGUGGUGACAGUGACAUCAAACUUAUUCCAGACGCUGAGACCUCGAAAGACGAAAAUGCUUGGGGAGAGGCUCCUGUUGUACCUAAUCUAGUUGAGUCUUUUGAGGAGAAAAACUCGCAUAACGCUGUGGUUGAAUGUGAUGAUAAGGCGAGGGAGAUCCCGGGUUUGACUGGAUCAUUGACUGUUGAAAUCAAUCUGGACUGUGAACCUGGAAGUGAUAGUUUGGUAGAGAAGUAUUGGAAUAAAAGUGGGAGCGAAGGAAUAGGAACAAGAAGCAUUGAGAUCAUUGACCUCGAGAGUGACCUGGUUCAUAUAUUUGACUCAUCAAAGGUUGUUGAAGUGACUCAGGAAUCAGGAGAUAUAAGUGAAGAGCCGUUGAAAGCUCAAGCUGCGCAUGAACCAGGAGAUAGAAGUGAAGAGCCUCGGAAAGCUCAAGCUGCACAUGGACCAGGAGAUAUAACUGAAGAGCCUCUUAAAGCUCAAGCUGCGGAGAAAUCAGGAGAUAAGGAUGAAGAGCCUCUGAAAUCUCAAGCUGCUCAGGAAGAACCUGCUAAUGAGUGGAGAAGCUCUGUCUUCUUUCCAUACAGAGAAGCCCCUUCACAUUCUGUACUUGUCUUUGACGAUUCUAAUGCAAGAUUAUCUGUAGAAGAUCUUAGCAACACCAUUGAGCUUGGUUCAAACCCACCAGAAAAGAACAUCAGUGGCUCUAAAAAGCGGAAGAAGAAUACGGAAACAUUUUUAUCUAAGAACAUCAAGGAGAAAGGAAUUAAAGCAUCAACCAAAAAACUUCAGAGAGGCAAAACACCAGCAAGCAAACCGCAGGGCAAAAAGGGAAGUUCAAGUGUAAACAUGGAUAAAAAGUCUUAUGAUUGGCCUGAGCCGUGCCCAAACUUCCCAUUUGAACCACUCACAAGAUCAUCUCAAGUAGAGGAUGACUCGGUAAUCCGCAGGUACUUGGAGCAACACUUUGCAGCUCCAGGAAGUGCUGAUAGUAAUAUAACGUUACCCGAUUUCGGAUUGCCUAGCUUCUCCAACAUCAAAAUCUCAGUGAAGGAAGAACCUGCAUCCAAGAAAAAGAAGUCUCCUGAUCCUCCAUGUGUACAGGUUGCAAGUUCAAGCUUACCUAGUUGCAGUUCUAUGGGUACUAGCAUGCUACAAAUAGUCGCAGGAAACUAAAGAGACACUGAAACUUCGACAAGCUUAAGCUUUUGAAAGACCUUAUUAUGUAAGAAAAAUUAGUAUAUGUGUAUGCAUGUGAUAUAUACUAAGUUAUAAAAAUUAGUAUAUGUGUAUGCAUGUGAUAUAUACUAAGUUAUAUCCCAUCUUUAGUAGUCUGUACUCUGUAAUUUUACACGGUCAGUAAUUGUAACGUUUUGUAUUAUAUAGUCUUAUAAUUAAUAAUCAGUGAGCUUAGAAUUUA